CGCCUCCGGUGCCCCUUCAAGUCUCCUUCGCGCCUGUGUCUCCCGGCUUCGCUCCCGCGUCCUCGCACCGGACUCCACGUGCCAGCCACGGAAGUGGGUUCGCGCCGCUCAGUGGCUGCUCCCAGCGGCUUCCGUCGCCACGGUGGCGGCCACUGCAUCUCGUCCCACCGCCGCGGCCCUGAGCGCCGUGGUGCCGGCGUGUCCGGAGCCUAUGACCAGCCAGGGCCAGCCAGCGUCCGGCUCGUCGGCUUGGAGCUCGGUUUUCCGCCAUGUCCGAUACGAGAACUUGGUGGCGGGCGUGAGCGGUGGAGUGCUGUCCAACCUCGCGCUGCACCCGCUGGACCUCGUGAAAAUACGCUUCGCCGUGAAUGAUGGAUUGGAACUAAGACCGAAGUAUAAAGGAAUUUUGCAUUGUCUGACUACUAUUUGGAAGCUUAAUGGAGUGCGAGGACUUUACCAAGGAGUAACUCCGAACGUGUGGGGUGCAGGUUUAUCCUGGGGACUCUACUUUUUUUUUUAUAAUGCCAUCAAAUCAUAUAAGACAGAUGGAAGAACUGAACAGUUAGAGGCGACAGAAUACCUUAUCUCGGCUGCUGAAGCUGGAGCCAUGACCCUCUGCCUUACAAACCCAUUAUGGGUAGCAAAAACCCGCCUGAUGUUGCAGUAUGAGAGUGAGGUCAACCCUCCACAUCGACGGUACAAAGGACUGUUUGAUACACUCAUGAAAAUUCAUAAGUAUGAAGGUGUGCGAGGACUGUAUAAGGGAUUUGUUCCUGGGCUCUUUGGGACGUCACAUGGUGCUCUUCAGUUCAUGACAUAUGAAUUGCUGAAGUUGAAAUACAACCAACAUAUCAAUAGAUUACCAGAAGCCCCGUUGAGCACACCAGAGUAUAUAUCUGUCGCAGCACUGUCCAAGAUAUUUGCGGUAGCAGCAACAUACCCAUAUCAAGUUGUGAGAGCUCGUCUUCAGGAUCAACACAUUUUUUACAAAGGUGUGCUGGAUGUGAUCACAAAGACAUGGAGGAAAGAAGGCAUCGGUGGAUUUUACAAAGGCAUUGCCCCCAAUUUGAUUAGAGUCACUCCAGCCUGCUGUAUUACCUUUGUGGUGUAUGAACACGUCUUACAUUUUUUACUUGACCUGAGAAAAAACAAAGUAAGCUAAAAGGAAAUCAUUUCAAAGGACCUGCUGCAGGCAGAUAGCCUCCGUCCUAGGGUCUGAAAUGUAAAACUCAGAAGAGUCCUGCCCCCAGCCUGCUCACAGUGAAAGUGGUCCAUAAUCGCUACAAGAAGUCCGAACUGCGGUGUCUUCACGGGUUUCCUGCUUUCUGCCCGGUGUGCAUGCAUGCGGACCUGGCUAGCCUCUGCCUGAAACAUCUGCCCUCAGCACAGCGUGAACACUGGCGGCCAGCAGUGUAGACUUGCAAAAAUUCAUCUGUUUUAUUCAAGUAGAAAUGGAUUUGUAAUAUUUACUAAAUAGACUAGACUAAUUUUCUUGUUUUUCUCAACUCAUUUGCCUGGGUUGUCUUAAUUUGAAAAAUACCUGCCAUCUGAUGCCAUUCCGUUGCUAAUGUUUUCGUUUUCAGAGGUUUUUCUAUAAUUUAAAAGAUAACCCUGGAUCCAGUUUUAGUGUUUUGGCAGAGAUACUUAGUGUGUUUUAAACGUACGAAAUCUGAACUUGUAGGAUCCUCCUACGAAUCACUUACUGAAGAUGCUAACAGAAUCCCUUAUACAACCGCUGGGACCUUUGGGAUGUGUUUGUUGACAGACUAAGAAAACGAGUCUGCAUCCCACUUGAAUGGUACUCUUCUUUAACUCUGGGACAUAUGGGACCAGAUCCCAAGUACAUGAUGAAUCUACAUUGGUUGUUUAAAUCCAGGUCUGUAUAGACAUUACAUUCAUAGCCAUUACGGACUCUGCUUUUAUGCAUCAUUGUAAAUGAUGGAAAGGCCUGCCGGGAUAUCAGCGAAGUCCUUUUCUAUUUAUCACAAACAUGAGAAAUGCUGUUGCACUACCCUCUCUGUUGUAAAUAAAACAGCGUGGCUUUCAAAGCCCUAUUUAAUUGGU